GAUGUGGGUGUGCCUUAUGUUGAUAUUUCUAAAAUUUAAAGGUGCGCCUGAUUUGGUCUUAAAUUGCAUUUUCAGAUCACAAACAAUCUUACAUGGUCUUAAACCACGAGUAUGACCAUUACUGGACUCACUUCCAAUUUUAAAACUUAAAAGUUGUUAUGCAUUUGUCUCCCCUCACAUGUUAUCGAGCAGGGCUAAUCCUUGAGACUGAAUGUUGUGAGCAGAGGUGUCCUCCAUUGUGAGGGGAGGUAUCCCCCAUCGUGAGAGGAGGAAAUUGCUUGACCAUUCAAGUAGAUGUAGCAUGUUUUCAAAGGCAUGUAUGUCUGCACCUGUUUGCCUCUUGGUGGCCAUUCUGGUGAGACUUGGCCUGAUGUUGUAUGGAGAGUGGCAGGAUAGGACCAUGCUAGUCAAGUAUACAGAUGUGGAUUAUUAUGUUUUCACUGAUGCUGCAAGGCACAUUAUUGAGGGAAGAUCUCCAUAUGAUAGAGCUACCUACAGGUACACCCCCUUCCUUGCAAUAUUGCUGACACCCAAUAUAUAUUUGACAGUCUUUUUUGGAAAGCUCAUCUUUAUACUAUGUGAUGUACUCACAGGGUGGCUCCUAUAUAAAAUACUGCAGGCUCAAGGAGUGGAUGGCCAAAAAGCAUUGUGGUAUUCAUUACUUUGGCUAUUCAAUCCUCUGCCUGUGACGGUAUCAAGUCGGGGGAAUGCAGAGUCCAUUAUGACAACAUUGGUACUAAGCACAAUAUACACACUUAUGAAGAAACAGUACGUGUUGUCUUCCAUACUGUAUGCUGUAUCGGUGCAUGUCAAGAUAUACCCCGUUACCUAUGCACUGCCCAUCUAUCUGUUGCUCAAUAGAGAUUAUCUUCAAAAGAAAACUGCAGGAAAGGACCAAAGAAAGCGGACAGAUUUUUAUGAGCUCAUUAUUCCCAAUGCAGCAAGGAUCACAUAUUUUGUGAUAGCGGGAAGUGUGUUUGUUGCUUUAACUGGAGUGUGUUACUUUUGGUAUGGAAACAAGUUUCUUUACGAGACCUACUUAUACCACAUUACAAGGAGAGACAUCCGUCACAACUUCUCAGUGUAUUUCUACAUGCUGUACUUACUAGAAGAAUCCAGCUACUCCUUCUAUUUGGGACUGGGUGUGUUCUUGCCACAGAUGCUGUUACUGCUACUGGUAUCAUGGAAGAUGUACCACAAUCUGCCACUUUGCUGCUUUGUCCACACUUUUGUUUUUGUGACAUUUAAUAAGGUGGUAACUUCUCAGUACUUCUUGUGGUAUGGUUCCUUGCUGCCUCUGGUAAUACCCCAUUUGACCAUGAAGAAAACUACAGGUGCUGGACUGGUCAUUGCUUGGUUUGCUGGACAGGCAUUGUGGCUGACACCAGCCUAUUAUUUGGAGUUCCAGGGAGUGCCGACAUUUCUUUACAUCUGGCUUGCCAGCCUGGUUUUCUUCACAGUAAACAUAGUGAUACUGCAGCAGAUAAUCUUGGCAUAUAAAAGGACUAAUGAUCAGCUUGAAUAUUACAAGCCAGAUUGAAAGGCGCUCUCUUAGUACGAAGCAGUAUGUACAGUGGAAACAACCAAAUAAGUGGAUCCCACUGAAACCACUGUAGCCUCCCAGUGUCAGAAUGCUGAAGCCGUGUGAAUGGAAUACUCCACAACUACCAAGUUGCUAGCAUUUUAGGCCCUUUGUUGAGUGGUCCAUAUUGUGAUACUUCAAAUAUACUGUAGCUCAGCUGAAUAAUUUAUGUAUUUUACACAUAAAAAGGAGGGAAAUUCUGUCCUUGCCAGGUGCAAAGUAGAUAGCAACUAUAGUGAUGACUCAAUCUUUUCAAUUGGGAAAAAAUUUAAAUUUUUCAGAUACAGAUUAUCUUUAUCAGUAAAUAAUAUAUCCCUGAUAAGCAGUUGUGGUGCUUUUUAUAAAUAAAGUAGAACCAUAGUGUGGCCUGCUUUUCAAUUUUAUUGCAAUCACUCAGUAGUCAUGUUCUACUCUUGAGAAUUAUUGCUAAAGAAAGCAGUAUCUAUAAAAUUUACAAUUUUCCCCAUUGAAAAGAUCAAGUCAUUACACUAUUUAGGUUAAGACUUUAUACAAUAUAUUUCAUGAUUGUAAAGGACAACAAAAUAACCAUGAACUUCAACUUUCUUGGUUUGUAUUGUCAAAGAAAGCAGUAAAGACUCCACAAACAUAACAAGACGGGGUUGAUAAUGGCAUGAAUUACAGUUAACACGAGAGGCAAACCAUACAAAAAAAA